AUGAACUGCACCUCCAUUCAGCUCCAUGUGCACAAGCUAUUUUCGGCAUCAAGGUUUGGCAAGUCCACCCACAAGAAAUGGAUUUACUCUGAAGUGCCUCCCGAGCUUACGAAAUGGAACGCCGAUCCGUUCAAUUUUGGCAUUUGGUUUUGUGAAAUUGAGCUAGAAAAGAACCACCUCCCAAGUUUUGGGAAUAUGGCACCCAGCCGUUCGAAGUCGGCGUGCGGUUUUGUGGCAAAUAAGGUCCAUUGCCAGAAAUUGAGGCUUACAGGAACAACCCCCCGAGUUUUCGAAACAAAUUGGGGCUUGCAGGAACAACCUCCCAAGUUUGCGAAACAUGGCGCCCAACCGUUCAAAUUCGGUGUUUGGUUCUGCAGGGCAAUAAAGUCUCUUACCCUAGAAAUUGAGGCUCACAGGAACAACUUCCCGAGUUUUCAAAACAUAGCGCCCAACCGUUCAAAGUUGGUGUUUGGUUUUGCGGAGAAAUGA